GCAUGGCAGAGGGCGCUCGAGUGUUUAGCGCCAAAACUUUGCUCGUGCUCCCCUUUAGCGCUUUUGUUAGUGUCAAGAUGUUCGUCUAGAAUUUUUGCAAAUCCAAGCUACUGUUUAUAAUUAGUUACACAACUUAAUCGGGAUUCGUGCAUUGGGUACUGAACUGGUGGUCUAGUUUCCACGAAGGGGACUGGUGUACGCAGAAUUAACCCAGCCGCAGAUCCUCAGCUGCAAUGGAGGCCAGCACACCGGCAGGUAAACUGAAGCAAUCUCGGCUUCCCUUCCAAACCCUUGCCGUAUCUCCAGUUCAGAUACGCAAGAAACGGAAGCUCCCCGUAGAAGAUGCUACGGAGACACCUUCCAAAUCACCUCGUGUCGAUGGGAUAGAAAAUAUUCCUAAUCAGGUUGAAGCUGAGGUAAAGAUAAUAGAAGACGAAAAUGAAGACUGUGCAGUCGAGAAGCCAGCGAACAAUUCUGUCACAGAACUAGAUGAUACUUCUAACACAGACACCGCAAACGGUGUUGAAACUAGUCAGAGUUCCAGUGCGGAAGCGAACAGCAAGACACCGUCUGAUAAUCACUGCACAGACGCAGAAGUGGAAGCUGUCGCCCCUGAUGACGCCCCCAUGGAAGUGGACCAAUCACACGCACCAGAAGUUGCCGCGGUGUCAGGUCCUCCAGCGCCAGUGAAUGUGACAAAGGACGAUAGUAGCAUUGAGUUAAGGGAUAACACGGAGGACUUCAAUAACACAGCAGCGACAUCGAUUCUAGACGAUACCGUCAGCACCGUAUCGGACGACUUAAAUUCCAGCGUAGUUUCUACGUCGGCAGCCGACGAAUCAUGCCUCAGUCGGAGUCGUCUUAGUGAACCGUCGCAGAAGUCUCCAAAAGAGUCGAGCAAGCCACUCUCCAAGUCCAGGAAAGCUGUUAGAGAAAAGGUUUCUCAGCAGAAGAAGGAAGAAAAAGAAAAGAGUCGCCUCGAAAAGGAAGCAGCGAAGGAGCAAAAGAAGCAGCUGCUGGAGCAGAAACGCAAGGAGAAACAGCAACAGCUCGAAGAGAAGAGGCAGCAGAAAGAGGAAAAGCAGAAACUGAUUGAAGAACGGAGAAAAGAAAUCGAGGAGAAAAAGAAAGAGAGGGAGCAGCGUCACUUAGAGCUGAUGCAAGAGAAAGAAGAUUUGAAACGGAUGAAAGUUGAACGUCAAGCUGCCAGGCUUGAAGAGCUGAAAAAGAAGGAAGAAGAUAAGAAACAGAAACUAGAAGAAAAAAAACGUGCUGAGGAGGAAGAGAUGAAGGAGAAACAGAAGUUGAAAGAAGCAUUUGCUAGCUUCUUUGUGAAGAAGACAAAGACUUCAUCCAGGGAAAGCAUGGAGCAUGCACCUGAUAGCGUACAAGGAAUGUUCCGUCCAUUUGAGUUGAAGCAAGAUAUGAAGCUGGCCCCUGUAGUACCUGUAGUUGCCCUUGAAAGGUUCAACAAAGAGACCUUGGAUCAGGAAAUGAAGAGGCAGGACACCCCACCUGACAGCCAGUACCUGAAGAGCCUGCAAACAGGCAAGGCCAGGCCGAUCAAGAUAUCUCAGAGGCUGAAGAAGUCGAAAGAGGAGGAGGACAAAGAUGUGAUCGUAGUCGAGGUAGAAAAUAGCAGACCUCGAGAGCAGCUGCGUGCAAAGCUUCUCCAGUUCUGCGAAAACGUGCGCCCGCCCUACUGGGGUACUUGGCGCAAGCCAAUGGAGCGUGUCGAUGGCAGACGACCCUUUGCGAAGCACACUGUUCUAGACUACGAAGUGGACAGCGAUGAAGAAUGGGAAGAAGAAGAGCCAGGCGAGAGCCUUUCAGGCACAGAGGAAGAAAAGGAGAGCGAGGAUGACUAUGAAGUGGACAACGAAUUCUUCGUACCACACGGUUACCUAUCUGAGGAUGAAGAGAAAAAUGAGGAUGAGCCUGUGUCCCCCGAAUCGAUGAAGGCCCGGCUAAAAGCACGACAAGAGGAAUUCCAGGCCGACUUGAAAAAGAGCUGUAAAGCAUUGCAGCCACUCAUUGUGGGCUGUAUAUGGUUGGACAAGCCCACAUCAACCGCUACCGACACUGCACAUCCCCUCGCCCGGUACACAGCGGUUAUUCUCACAGCUGAGGUUCCCAUUCCUGCAAGCACGGAAGCGGAGCAAAAUGCAAGCACACCGCCAACCGUUGGUAAAGGUCCGAGGGCCCGUGCCAUUCCGCAAGAAGCAAUGCCUCACUUGAUACGGAUGGUGCAUGGGAACUCAAGCAAUAAGAUGGUGAUCCUGAAAGAAUUCACUGCUUUCUGGGAGGAUAACAAUGCACUCAAGGACACCAACUCAUCCAGUUCAGCAGAACAAGAAACAAAGAGAUUGUCCAUUUCGAAGCGACAGUUUGUAAACACAAUCAGGAACAUUGCCCGCUACAACGGAUCUUGUUGGGUUGUGAAUCAAGAAACACUGGACAAAUACGAACUGAGUGACCUGAAGCCGCUCAAGAAAUCCGUCGAGAAACAGGACGAACCGAAGGAGUCGCCCAAGCCUUCGAUGGGAGCACUGGACAAGUUUCUGACUGUUUCACCUUCACUGAAGCAAAAUUUGGAUGAGUCCAAUGGGAAAAGCCCGAAAGAACCUAAGAAGACAGCCAAAGGUGCACUCUCAAAGCUUUUUGCAACACUGCCCUCGAACAAAAAAGAAGGGUGUCCACCACCUGCAAAAUCUGCUCAAGGUGUCAAUGGUGUCAACGCCGCACAAGAGCCGACACCGAACGAAAAUCACGUCGGAACUUCAAGUGACCCAAUUGUUCUUGAUGAGAACCCCUUGACAGGGGAUGCACCAGUCGAAGAGAGGAAAAAUGGAGUGAUUAAAAAUCCAUUGACGAGAUACUUUGCUAAACUCGCACCAGCUAAGCUACCUCAAAACUCUAAAAUAGUGGAAGGUGACUGUAAUAAUAUGACUGUAGAGGAGAAUAUAACUGCUUAAUUUUUGCUUUGUGGAUAAAGUGGUUGUCAUGUACUAUAUAUAGAUACUGAGGAGUCUAAUUUUAUGUAGUAUUUUGUACUUUGUAGCAUCAUCAUCUGCUUAUGUUGAAACAUCUAAAUUAUCUGAAUGUAGUUUCUGUUUUGCAACGUCGGCAUUGCUGUUUAUGUGGGCACUGGGUGCGUGUUGUAAGUGUGCAUUUUAUAAUUUCAAGUAUAUUAAAUAAACUUGUGCAGUGUUCA